AUGACACAAAAGUGUCCAUCUUCAAAGAAAAUUGCUUCAUGUAAAUUAAGUACUACCACUACUACUACUACUACUACUACUACUACUACUACUACUACUACUACUACUACUACUACUACUACUACUACUACUACUACUACUACUACUACUACUACUACUACUACUACUACUACUACUACUACUACUACUACUACUACUACUACUACUACUACUACUACUACUACUACUACUACUACUACUACUACUACUACUACUACUACUACUACUACUACUACUACUACUACUACUACUACUACUACUACUACUACUACUACUACUACUACUACUACUACUACUACUACUACUACUACUACUACUACUACUACUACUACUACUACUACUACUACUACUACUACUACUACUACUACUACUACUACUACUACUACUACUACUACUACUACUACUACUACUACUACUACUACUACUACUACUACUACUACUACUACUACUACUACUACUACUACUACUACUACUACUACUACUACUACUACUACUACUACUACUACUACUACUACUACUACUACUACUACUACUACUACUACUACUACUACUACUACUACUACUACUACUACUACUACUACUACUACUACUACUACUACUACUACUACUACUACUACUACUACUACUACUACUACUACUACUACUACUACUACUACUACUACUACUACUACUACUACUACUACUACUACUACUACUACUACUACUACUACUACUACUACUACUACUACUACUACUACUACUACUACUACUACUACUACUACUACUACUACUACUACUACUACUACUACUACUACUACUACUACUACUACUACUACUACUACUACUACUACUACUACUACUACUACUACUACUACUACUACUACUACUACUACUACUACUACUACUACUACUACUACUACUACUACUACUACUACUACUACUACUACUACUACUACUACUACUACUACUACUACUACUACUACUACUACUACUACUACUACUACUACUACUACUACUACUACUACUACUACUACUACUACUACUACUACUACUACUACUACUACUACUACUACUACUACUACUACUACUACUACUACUACUACUACUACUACUACUACUACUACUACUACUACUACUACUACUACUACUACUACUACUACUACUACUACUACUACUACUACUACUACUACUACUACUACUACUACUACUACUACUACUACUACUACUACUACUACUACUACUACUACUACUACUACUACUACUACUACUACUACUACUACUACUACUACUACUACUACUACUACUACUACUACUACUACUACUACUACUACUACUACUACUACUACUACUACUACUACUACUACUACUACUACUACUACUACUACUACUACUACUACUACUACUACUACUACUACUACUACUACUACUACUACUACUACUACUACUACUACUACUACUACUACUACUACUACUACUACUACUACUACUACUACUACUACUACUACUACUACUACUACUACUACUACUAUAUGUAUUGGGAAACUGCAAACGUUUAAAAAUUUCCCUCAUUAA